AUGGACCUCAUCCCCCAGCUCCGAAGAGCCAUCCUCGCCCAAUCCCUCCCCCCACCAUCACAAACCCUCCUCACGACGCUCACAUCUCGCUCUCCCCCGCCGCCCAUCCCGUCUCUCCUCGCAACAGCAAAAGCUCGCCUCCUCGCCUCCGACCUGACAAACACAUCCGGCACCGUUGUCGAUCCUUCAAUGCCCGUGUUUCCGCCAAAUAUCGAUUCAGCUACCGUUCAGGAAUCUACAAUUUCGCAGAACACGCACGUUCAGGUGCUCGAUAUUGAGAAUCUGAGUUUGAGUCGUUGGGAACAGGUUGAAGAGCUAGAGGCCAUUGAGCGAGGUGAAAGGACACGCGGACGACAAGUCAUUCGGACGCAGGCUUCUCGUGCUGGUGCUGGUGCGGCGGCUUCGGGGGGAGCGAAUGCCGUGCAUAGAUUGGUAUUGCAGGAUGGACGCGGCAAGAAGGUCUUUGCAGUGGAAUUGAAGCGCAUAAGCGGGAUCGGAAUAGGCAAGACGCACAUCGGUGAGAAGAUUCUGCUCAGGGCCGGCGCGGUUGUGGCGAGAGGGACGGUGUUGCUGACGCCGGAGACGUGCACGCUGCUGGGAGGCAAGAUUGAGGCCUGGCACGAGUCGUGGAUGGAGGGAAGGCUGGCGAGGCUGAGGGAGAGUGUGGGAGCGGACCGGCCGCAGUGA